GAGGCGAGAGGGGGAGGGGCCUCAGCGAGCCCAGAAAAAACGACAACGCGAGAAAAAUUAGUAUUUUUGCACUUCACAAAUUAAUGACCAUGAGCUCGUUUUUGAUAAACUCCAACUACAUCGAGCCCAAGUUCCCUCCCUUCGAGGAGUACGCGCAGCACAGCGGCCCGGGCGGCGGAGACGGUGGCCCGGGCGGGGGCCCCGGCUACCAGCAGCCCCCGGCGCCGGCGACCCAGCACCUGCCGCCGCAGCAGCCCCAGCUCCCUCUCGCGGGCGGCAGCCGCGAGCCCCCCGCCUCCUACUACGCGCCGCGGGCCGCCCGCGAGCCCGCCUACCCCGCAGCCGCGCUCUACCCCGCGCACGGGGCUGCGGACACCGCCUACCCCUAUGGCUACCGUGGCGGCGCCAGCCCCGGGCGGCCGCCGCAGCCCGAGCAGCCCCCAGCGCGCGCCCAGGGCCCUGCGCACGGCCUGCACGCGAAUCAUGCCCCACCGCCCGGCCGGCAGCCCCGGCCGCCGCCUCCCCCGCCGCACCCCGCGGCGGCCCCCGCUCCCCCGCGGCGCUGCGAGGCCGCCCCCGCCACCCCAGGCGUCCCGGCAGGGGGCAGCGCCCCCGCGUGCCCUCUGCUCUUGGCCGACAAGAGCCCGCCAGGCCUGAAGGGCAAGGAGCCUGUGGUGUACCCCUGGAUGAAGAAGAUCCAUGUCAGCGCCGUCAACCCCAGUUAUAACGGAGGGGAGCCUAAGCGUUCUCGAACCGCCUACACCCGGCAGCAGGUCUUGGAGCUGGAGAAGGAGUUCCACUUUAACCGCUACCUGACCCGGCGGCGCCGCAUCGAGAUCGCCCACACGCUCUGCUUGUCCGAGCGCCAGGUCAAGAUCUGGUUUCAGAACCGGAGGAUGAAGUGGAAGAAAGAUCACAAACUGCCCAACACCAAGAUGAGAUCCUCCAACUCGGUCUCUGCCGGCCCGCCAGGGAAAGCACAAACUCAGAGCCCGCAUCCCCAUUCCCACCCCCACCCGGGGACCUCCACACCCAUUCCCUCCUCCAUAUAAUCUUCUAGAAAUCUAGACCGGUUUGUCUCCCUUACCUGCUUUUCUCCUCUCUUUUCCCGCCCCUUUUCUCAUCCAUCUCUCACCAUCUGGACCAUAAUAGACACCAAAACAAAACCCAACUUAGUGAAAAGGAUAACCAAAAAGAAGACAUUAUCUGGGUAAGAGUUUGGGUUGCCACCCAAGAGAGGACAAUUGUUCGGGAUGCUGGCUGGUAGAACAAUCUGCUGGCUUGAAUAAGGCUGUCAGGUUUGGAUACCUAAGAAGGACCAUUUGCUAUCAAAAACUUUAGAGAUGGCUAAAGUCAGUUGGACAGUCCGUGCUGACUGGGGAACAUGUACUUGUGUAUUUGUUGCAAGAAGAAAACACACCCUUUCCCCACCUUUCUUACCUCCUUCUCCCCUAUUAAGGCAGCUCAUACAAGCUUGUAUUGAACUGAAUAAAUGAGUAGACAUUGUGGGCCUCACAAGAUUAUUUAAUUCUCAAAAUGUGUAGACUUUCAUGGUAGGUGUGACAUGUUAGUUUCCCUUCCUUGCAUUUAUUUAAGAUAUUGUUAUAGAGAUAUUGUCCUAUUCUGGGGCACAAUCUUGGGGGAGAGGGGAGUUCAUUUAGAUCUAUAUGGAACUGUACAAAUUGUGAUAUGGCUAUAUAGAAAGCCAUAUGCUAAGAAUAAACUCCAUUUAAAAAAACAUUAAAAAUCUAAGA